AUGUCGUUCUUCAAGCGUAACAAUAAGCCAGCUAUUCCUCCUGUCCCGUCAGAGCAGCCUGCUCGUGAUAUCAACAAUCGCUCGCCGAACCCUUCUGCUCGCUCGUAUGCCGCUACGUAUGUGCCCAGCCGGGAUGGCGAUCCGUACAGUGCUCCAUAUACACCGUCAUCGUCUGUAGCCAGCGGUGACAGAUAUGCCAAACGUGAUGCUGUAGGCGAUGUAUACAGCCGUGGUCAGGGCAACGUCGAUAACGACCGCGGUGAACUGUUCUCGGGAUACAAUCCAGAGAAGGCGGGAUCGGGCAGGUUCUUCAACGAUGGUCCCUCUUAUGGCCAGGAGCCUGCUCCAGGAGAGGAGAACGAGGAGGAUGUUGAGGGCAUCAAGCAGCAGAUCAAGACCACUAAGCAGGAGAGCUUGGCGUCAACUCGUAAUGCCUUGCGGCUGGCCCGCGAGGCUGAGGAGACUGCCAGGGGUACGGUCGGACGUUUGGGAACCCAGUCUGAAAAACUGGCCAACACCGAACGCCACCUUGAUGUGUCUAAGGGCUAUUCUAUGCGCGCUGAAGAUAAGACCGACGAGCUCAAGCAGCUUAACCGCUCCAUCUUCCGUCCCGUCAUUACCUUCAAUAAAGACUCCAAACGCGCUGCGCAGGAGGCCAAGAUCCAGCAGCGCUACGAGGAUGAUCGUGAGCAGCGCGAGAAGGCUAUGAUGGACAUCCGAGAGACGCAGGACCGUCUUGGUCGUGCCACGACGUAUGGCCAGGGCCAGGGCCAGCCCCAGGCGGGCGGUGACCGCUUCAACCGCUCUGCUGUGCAGCUGAAUGCACGCAAAGAUCAGAGGAAGCGCUUCCAGUUUGAUGCUACCGCUUCCGACGACGAGCUCGAGGACGAACUGGAUGACAACCUUGACGAAAUCUCUAGCAUCACCAAGAAUUUGAAGGCUCUUGGAACGGCGAUGGGUCAGGAGCUCGACACCCAGAACGACAGGAUCUCGAGGAUCACGGAUAAAGCGGAUACAUUGGACAAUGCGCUGUUUAGGAACACACAGAAGCUCAACAAAAUCAAAUGAGUUUUGGACACUGCUUUGGUCGUCCUCCUGGGUUCAUGGUGCUAUCUCGAGGUGUUUCUUGUAUCAUAAAGCAGGAUGGAUGGAUGUUGGCUCU